AGGUGCUCAAAUAAUAUCGUGCAUUCCUUAAAUCUAUCCUGACAGAAGAACGCCCAACAGUCAGGAAUAUCAGGAUCGAGUUCUUUUUUUUAGGGGAAAACAAUAUGGAGGAAAGAGUGUUUCCGUUGGUGUUGCUGACUUUGUGUGCUGUAUUUCAGCGAAGUUUCGUGUCUGCUGAAAGAUCGUCGUAUGAAACAUUCCAACUGCGUCAAUUGGAAGCUGACUACACGUCGCAAAUUGGCUCAGAAAUCCAUAAUCAUGUUCUGUUGGCGGAAACCGGUGUUCUUCUGCGUCCUGGAGAACCAAACGGAAAAAACCUGAAAAAUGCGCUGAAAUUGACGGUCGAGGAUUUAAAUACGAGGCCACACCCGGAAUCAGAGGACGGAGUGGAUUUCGAGUUGAGAGUCAACCUUGUUAUUGAGUUUUGGCAAAAAGGAUGCGUCUACGCCGCUUGGUCGACCAGCAAUAACACAACGACGCCAAAAACCAAGGCAUGUUUCAAAAAAGGAAAACUCGCAUGCGUUCAGGACGAUGAGAUUUCGAACGUCAAAAACAACGAGCAGCAGAUGCUUGAAUUAGAUGAAUUGAAAUCCGCACGAAAGGUCCCCAAUUGUGACUCGGCACCUUCUGACCGGAACGAACAAGAGGACGAAGGGACUGACGAUGAAUCUGAAAAUUCGCGUGCGAUAAUACUGAGUCCACCCAUGAUGGCUAGAAAUUCGCAGAAAGUCCAGGAAUUGCUCGUCUGGUGGACAAAGUAUGAUGAAGACGAAAAAAGCAAUCAGGACACCACAUCGAAGUUGAACGUCGGACGCAGAAAUUAUUCUCCGUCCUUCAAACCGACUUUCGUCAUCACGCCCGUGGUCAUGAUGAAAUCGUCCAACAAAGAAAAAAGGAAUGAUGAUGAUGAUGAUUCUCUGGACAAAAAAUGCGCAAACGUAGAAAGGCUUUUGAAAGAUUCCGGAAACUUCAUCCGCUGUCCAUAUCUUGAAGGUUGCAUCCGAAGCGCCUUUUUUUGUGACGGGCAUUUCAACUGCGUCAACAAGGAAUUGCUGAACUAUGACGAAAGUUACUUGUUUUGUCUGCUGUGGGGUGGAGUGUGCUUGAUCCUGCUGUCAGUGACCGCCUUGGCCGUCGCGAUGAUCCUCCGGAAGCAUUACCACACUCGCCGUUCGAUGGCGUCCCGGGCGUUCACAGCAAACGGCGCCGAUCGGCGGUGUUCCGUACACCCGUUGCCCCUGAGUGCGUCGCAUGCUCUCAAGUCCAUGUCUGCUGGGUCGCCGGAAAUGACAGCCGCCGCUAAGAAAGCAGCCGAGGCUCAAGGGAUCGACGGAAAUAAAGAACGACAGGCGAUGAAGCCAUCGGAGACGGGAGUCGAGCCACCGAUCCUGCCACCUUAUGAGUAUCCACCGGAGUAUCGCAUUUUAUUUCCUGCAAACGUCAUCCAGGUGUCGCAGCCUACUCUAGUCGUGCCAGUAACCGAUGGAACUGGGAAAGAAUGCUCCGACAUCGGCGAACAUCACAACGUUGCGCCGUGUCAGCAGCAGUUCGGACGAAUCGGACGAAAACGUUUUUUUGCGGUUGAAAAAGAACGUCCUGUUCAUUAG